AUGGACAGAGCGGGUGAAAGCAGGCAGAGCACAGCUUCGUCCGCCGCUCCUCCGGGGCCCAGACGGGCUCUGCGCAAGGGCACACACAGCUGCGGCGAAUGCAAGAGGCGCAAGACGCGAUGCUUCUUUGAGAGUCCGCGGGCAGUCAAAUGUGUAGGCUGCCAGCGUCGAGAUACGGCCUGCAUCAGCCAGGAGUACGUCGAUGUGCCCUCGCAGGAGGUGCAGAAAGGGUCGAGCGUUGCCGAGAGUCUUGGCCAGGUACAGCAGAUGCUGCAACAGAUCAUGCGGAAGACGGCCGAAGAGGAGCAGGAGCAGAGGAAGGUAGUCCAGGAUGAUCAACAGCAACAACAGCAACAGCAGCAACAGCAUCAGACACCAUUGGCAGACGUGCUGCAGGCAGACAACCCGUAUGUGGACACGUGUCGGCGACUGCACGCGGCCCUUCCGUCGCAGGAGGAUGUGCGGGUGCUCUUUGAGGCGGGCCGGACACCCAUCUACGUGCAGGCACUGUGCAAUCCGUACGAAGAACUAUUUGCCGAGGGCAAGGCGCGGUCGCUGGAGGCGAUGGCGGAGCUGCCGGCGGCGACGGCACACCCGACAAUCCUGGCACGCAAGGUGCUUCACGUGGCGCUCUGUCUGCAGCAGCUGGACCCAGGCUUCGAUGCCGGGGCAGUGCAGCUUGGCCAGCCGGUCGGAGAAGCGAUGCGGAUGCUGUUUUCGCUAGCAACGACAACGGUCACGUGCCACGACGAGCUGCUCGACUCGCUCGAGGGGCUAGAGUGUCUGGUCUGCGAGGCCGUGUACCUGGUGAACAGCGGCAGUCUGCGGCGGGCGCUGUUGACGCUGCGACGAGCCUUGACGCUGGCACAGCUGAUGGGCUUCCAUGCGACGCGACCAACACCCUGGACGCUGCGCCGGCUCGACGCGGCGACGCGGGUGUCGAGCGCGGUCACGUGGUCUCAUCUUGCGUGGCUCGAGCGAUUCGUCGCUCUGCUGCUGGGACUGCCGACAGCGAUCACGGGUGGCCCGACGGCACCGUUGCAGCAGCCGGCCGACCAGACGGCCAGCGAGUGGAUGGAGAGAGUGCAGGUAGACGUGUGUGGGCGCAUCAUGCGGCGAAACGAGGAUCUGGCGCAGAGCCGAGAGAACAAAGACCUCGGCAGCGAUGCCAUCUAUGCGACGACGCAGCAGAUCGACCGUGAGCUCAGUGCGAUGGCUGAGAGCCUGCCGGCCGCAUGGUGGAGCCCGCUGGACUUUCCGGCCGAUAGGGUCCUGGACAUCAGCGACAUGAUGGAGCGCAUGAUCAGUGCACAGAUCCAGAUCGUGCACUUCACCCUCGUGGCCCUGCUGCAUCUGCCCUACCUCCUGCGCCAGCCGACCGGUCCGGACGGCCUGCACGUUUGCCUGUCGCGAGGUGCUCACGCGCUUCGUGCCGUUUCGGGCACUCCCCUCGUGCUGCUGGUGGCCCAUCUGAGUGGCCAGCGUCACGCCGACUCCGGCUGGUUGUUGCCUCAUCACCGUCGCGGCGACCGCGCCAUCAUGUCCAAGGCUGUCGACACUAUGGUCGAGCUCAGCCGGCUUAACGACGACGAGCUCUCGCGCCAGACCGCCGAUCUCGCCCAGCGUCUGCUCGAUCUCGAGGCCCGCAGCACCAAGGACAGCCUUUGCUAUAGUGCCACGGCCACGUUGGCCGACCCCCUCCUCGCUGACGACUCGCUGCUGCUGCAGAUCCCCUACUUUGGGUCCAUCCGUCUCGUCUGCGAGCCCACUGCCUCGCCGGCCUACUCCGAUAUCUCGUCUGCCUCGUUCGAGCACAGCUACGUGUCUCUGCCCAACCUGCCGGCCUAUGUGACCCAUCUGCCGUCCUACGGCCAAGCCUUUGUCUCUGAGCCAGUCGACCAGCCACAGCCACAGUCGCUACGUCCGCUGUCGUUCCUCUGCUACGACCCUGUCGUACCGCCCAUCCCCGGAGAGGGAGACCCAUUCGGACUCGAUGUCGACAUGCCCGACUUGAUGGCUGGCACCGAUGUCUGGGCCUUUCAGGGCGUCGACGGGACCAUCUUUGAGAACCUCAUGCGCGGUGCCAACUACCCCCCCAACCACCCCUAG